GAGGUCCCGAACAUCUUUUUCCAAUUUAUUGAGGAAUUCUACAUAAACAUAUCCGACAAUCACGAGCUGUCAAGAGGUCAAGGCUGCUGCACCUGAGACUUGAGAGGCUGAGAGACUGUAGCACGCAUAGGCCACAGCUCUCCACAACCAGCUGUCGACUGUCGAGACUGGGUAGUCAUAGCACACAUAGCCUUCUAAAUGAAACACGCACAGGCGUUAUCACAUCAUGUCAGAGGAUACCAUCGCAAGCGUGGCCAUCACCGCAAACGCUCAGUACUUCAUCAGCACGUCUGGGAGACCUAAAUCUCUCAGAAGGUACAACUAUUUACUUCAGCAAAUCCUCAAAAAGGAUGUAGCGUACAUCCCCAUAUCGUCCCCUAGCGGAAAGAUCGAUGCGCAGCACUUUCCCAACGUGCUCAAGGGUAUGAAUUGCAUUGGGGGGGGGCAUAUCUAAAGAUAUUAAGCACAGCAUUAUUGCCUGCUUGGAUGACAUAGGUCCAUUGGCACAAUAAAUUCAAAGUGUCAACACCAUAGUUCGCCGAUCUGACGGCACAAUAAAGGUUGGCAUCUACUGC